AUGCCGUCGUCGGAGUACCGGAGAUCAUUCCAAGAAGAUUCCCGGAUGAUCGCCCUUGCUUCCAACUCGAAGAGCGCGCAGAGCUUCAUGUUCAGCGAGGACGGCAAGUACAUGCUCAAGACCGCGUCGGAAUCGGAGCUGGACUCGAUGCUGCGGCUGCUGCCGCACUACGCCGAGCACGUGGCGAGGCGGCGGGGUUCUCUCAUCACCCGCUUCUUCGGCGUUUACCGCGUCACGAACCCCAGGACGAAACGAUCCACCAUCUUCGUGUCCUCAUCGAACGUCUUCUCGACCGAGAAACGCCUUCACGAGCGUUACGACCUCAAGGGCUCGGUGGUGGGGCGGCGAACUAUUCCCCGCAACAGCUCGGCCUUCAAGCCUACCACAAUGCUCAAGGAUUUAGACCUAGCGGACAGGGACAAGAUUCGACUGGCCGCGGGGGGCAAGAAGCGGCUGAUGAGAGAGCUCAGCGCUGACGCGGAAUUCCUGGCCGGGCUCGGCGUCAUGGACUACAGCUUGCUCGUGGGCAUUCACCGCCCUUGUAGACCAAAGUCGAGCAGGCUGUUGUCCCUUCCGCUGUCGGUGCUGUCGGUGGCGUCCAAGCCUGUCUGGGCGGCGGGGUGCUUCGCCCUGGGAAUCAUCCCCGGCGGCGCGAGGAGGGGCGGCAGACGGCCACAGGUCGGCGUCUACCCCGGGCGAGAACCUGGCGUCGUCUAUUACGUGGGAAUCAUCGACGUGUUGCAGAGGUACAACCUAAAGAAGAUGCUGGAGAGGGGGGCCAAGGGGGUGGUCUACGACCGACAUGAGCUAUCCGCGGUGCCCCCGGAUGAGUACCGCGACCGCUUCAUAGCGUUCAUCGACGGAAGAACCGAGUGACCGUUUCGGGUACAGCAGUGAGGAUUAUCCGUCAAUAUUUCCGGUUGAAUAGGGACGCUGUCCGGAUACAAUGCCGGCGAAGUGACAUGCCACGGAUGGAAUAGUCUGGGUGUGCCAUUCUCUGCGCAGUGCUGGUACAGUGCCAGCGAAUCUGGCGGGCACAUACCGGCACUAUUUUGAGGGACGUUCGUCGUGGCAAGACCGAGUGACAGUUUCGGGUCCAGUGGGGGGCACUCAGUACUGCCGGUUGAAUAGGGUCGCUGCUCGACAUAGCGCCGUAGAGUAUUCUAUGUGUCUCAUUUUCUGAAUAGUGUCAACGAAUCUGGCGGGGCACAUUCCGGCACUUUGAGGGACCUGCAUCGAUGGCACGACCGAGUGACAGUUUCGGGUCCCCCUUUGUAGUGCCGGUUGAAUAGCGCCGCUGACGGUUGAUUAGUGCCUGCGCCCAAAAUCAAACGAUACCUUUUCGGAAAGCGCUCUCGACGAGACAGUUCCAACGCCGCCAUUUCCGGCACCGUGCAAUCGAGCUUUGAAAUCGUUCCAGCAGGGGGUGUGUUAUCUUACGUCGUGCAGCCUACGGUGACUGCCGGCGAAGUCCCGUCACACCGCGGAUGGAAUAGUGUUGUCUCAUUCUCUAAGUAGUACCAGCGAAUCUGACGGGCGCAUGCCGGCACCAUUUUGAGGGGUCUCGGUUAGUUUGUUGCUGUUAAGAGCCCUUGUUCGAGCCAUAGACAUUUUGUUUUUUUCUCUCCUGGGUUCGAUUGUUAGUUAGUUGCUGUCAUAGCCCGUGUUAGAGCCAUAGACUUGUUUCUUGCUCCUCGCUGGGCCGCUAUUAGUUAAAGAGUCUGUUGGGCCCGUGUUGGAGCCAAUUAGAUUUUUUUGUUCUUUCUCUCUCCCCUGGGUCUAGUUUUUUUUUUUUUUUGUAGUGUUGCGGGGAAAUUAAUAGUCUGCUUGCCUUUGGGGGGUGUAUGUUUUCUUGUUCCGUUUUUUUUUUUUUUUCGAUGUCGUGAGGAGAGGGUUUGCACGACAACCACCCCCAGGCACUGCCACUUGCAUUCUUGUCACUGGACUACCACAUGUGACGCAAGGUACUACACCCCCUGGACCGAUUAUCAAAGCUGGAUUUUCUCCGCGAGGAGGAUGCACAGAUGAAACGGUACGUUUUUGGAAAGAGCUCGACGUUGCGGUGUCAUAGCUCGUCGUUUUCGGCGCCACCGCUGUCUCUGCUACGAAUAGUCGAUGUUUGAGAAUCGGUCCAGGAUGUGCGUUGUGUGAUAUCUUAUCUCACCUACGGUGCUCGUACGCGCAAGAAUGAAGGCAUGCUGUUGUUUUCCUUGCCGCACGUUGUCUGUGUGUGUGUGUGUGUGUGUGUGUUUUGUUUUUUAGCAAAGGUUCUGUGUACAGCGCCACCACUGACUGACCUUCAUAUCCCGUGGGCGGCGAAAUCUGUGGUCCCGCCGCCGCCGUCGGGUGUUGUAAUGCGAAGGGUUUGGGGACUGCGCUUUGCGGUUUUGGUUUCGAGCGAGCAAGCGUCGCGUUGGCGCGACAAGGAUUCAAUGGACAAGGCGUACCAGUUUUUAACGUUAAAGUCUUGUUCGUGAAGCUCGAUGGAGCUCCCUUUUGCUGAUCAACAGAGUGUGGCAGCCGGGACGAUGGCGUCACUUCGCAAAGCAAAACCCGGCCGACGUUGUCUCCCCUGAAUGACAUCUGUGAGCAACAGGCGUUGGCGAGCAUGGAGGGAGAAGUGUACCCGUGUAAACGCCUGCCGUAGUCGAUAGACCGUUGACCUCGCAUACCUACAACAAUGCCUGGACGGAACGAUAUGUUUGCGGGGUGUACCACCGGCCGGCCCAGGGUACGGUUCUCAAGGAUGGACCGGAAGCUUGUCGUCAUCGUUGCGUGCGCUAAACCUAACCAGAUGUAUGCCAUGGGUUGAUUGGGCAUCUCGGCGGGAGGGAGGGGGGCGGGCAGUAUCUUUGCUUUCUGUGAGUCCCCCAAGCGGACUACACUAGUCAUGUUUGAUCCACCAUGCAGAUAAGGCAGGCAUGCUUCUGCGAGCCUUGGCCGCUGAUCUGCAUCCGUGAGCACCUGAAAAAGGGUCGGGGCGGUUGGCUGGGGGGGGGUCUCAGGGAAAUCUUGUUUAUUGUGAGUCCCCCAGGCGGACUAUUGGUGAUGAUUUUGAUCCACUUAGCAACAAGGGAAGGCAUGCUUUUGCGAGCCUUGACCCGUGAUUUGCACCCGUGAGCACCUGAAAAAGGGUCGGGGCGGUUGGCUGGGGGGGAGGCUCAGAGAGCAACUGUUUUUUCCGUGAGUCCCGCAGGCAAACCUGCUGCUGCCGUGGUGAUGUUUGAGCCACUUGUGGCAGAUAAGAAGGCAGACAUUCUCCUGCUUAGCUUUGACCCCUCGUUUGAACCCGUGGCACCUUGGCAAGGAUCGGGGCGGUUGCGGGACAUGCGGGGGAGGAGUAACUUUGUUUCCUGAGAAUCCCCGAGGCGGACUAUUGUACUGUAGAGGUGUUUGAUCCUGUAGGCAGACACCGGCAGGCAUGCUUCUUGGGAGCUAGGCCCGUGCCUAAGAUAUCUGACGUUGAAAAAGGUCUCAAGAUAGUAUCUAACCACAACCCGUUGACGUGAGUCCGCGCCCCCCU